GACUGCUUGUCCCCAUGAGUACCGGUCUCACUCAUAAGACCAGGCCAUUUUCUCCUCGUUUUCAUCUGUACGAUAGCCAGUAGAUCUGACUACACCAGAAGGGCUCAGGAUGCUGCUCCAAACUGUCCUGCUGCUCUUAGUUCUGCACCGUCAUGCUGAGGUUACCACAGCUGAAGAACCAGGAGUCCCACUCCCUCCUCCCAAGGGGACUUGUGAAGGUUGGAUGGCAGGCAUCCCAGGACAUCCUGGCCACAAUGGAACACCAGGCCGUGAUGGCAGAGAUGGUACUCCUGGUGAGAAGGGCGAGAAAGGAGAUGCAGGUCUUCUUGGCCCUAAGGGUGAGACAGGAGAUGUUGGGGGGACUGGAGCUGAAGGGCCCCGAGGCUUUCCCGGAAUUCCCGGCAGGAAAGGCGAGCCUGGAGAAGGCGCUUACGUGUAUCGCUCAGCAUUCAGCGUGGGGCUGGAGACUGGAGUCACGGUGCCCAAUGUUCCCAUCCGCUUUACUAAGAUCUUCUACAACCAACAGAACCACUACGACGGCAGCACCGGGAAAUUCUAUUGCAACAUCCCCGGGCUCUACUACUUCUCCUACCAUAUCACAGUGUACCUGAAGGACGUGAAGGUGGGCCUCUUCAAAAAGGACAAGGCCGUUCUCUUCACCUACGACCAGUACCAGGAGAAGAACGUGGACCAGGCUUCUGGCUCUGUGCUCCUCCACCUGGAGGUGGGCGACCAAGUCUGGCUCCAGGUGUAUGGGGAUGGGGAUCAUAAUGGACUCUAUGCAGACAAUGUCAAUGACUGCACCUUCACUGGCUUCCUCCUGUACCAUGAUACCAACUAACUCAGAGCUCCCAAUGGCCUAAGUACCCCAAGAAUCAAGGAACAGUCAGCAGGCUUCCAGCAUAGUUUGAAAGAUUGAUUUUAUUGUUGAGCUUGAGGGUUCUGAAUAUUAUCCGCAUGUGUGCUCAUUCAUUCAUGAAAUGGCUUUAUUUUUUAAAAAAAAUCAUCGCUGUGUUCUUAGUCCAGAAAAAGAAGCCUUCCCUGGUCUCCACAAGUCUUACAUAGUAGCAAUCAUAGAAUAAAAAUAACAUUUAGGGGGAAGUUUCACAAUGCUCCCACUGACUAUGAAGAAGUAGAUAAUGCUAUUUUGUGUUCACUGUCUCUCUUGAUCUUCACACAAAUCCUCUGUAUACUGUUUAUAUAUGAAAUACAGUAUCUCCUCUUUUUACA